UGAGACACUCUUCAGUUGGUGAAGUCAAGUUGGUGUUUUUAAGUAAGAAAAAGUGAUAGAAUUUAAUGUCAGCAGCUGAUUGUAGAUAACAAAUUUAACAUAUAUUGUGAAGAAAAGAAAAAAAAAAUUGCAAGUUGUGAAAUACGUGGAAUGGUAGCCAAAAGACAUAUAAGAAAAGAUUUUUACGUGCAAAGAAAACUUUCACUUCUUUAAUUAAUUUGAGGGUUAAAGAAGAGAAAAAACAAAGUUAAGAAGACAGACGUGUUACGUAAUCUGACUAAUUCUGUCAUAAAACAACAAUACACGUGUAAGCUUGGGAUUUUAAGUGAAAAAUGGCUCAAAGCUUUUGUCCGGAUCCUUUUUGGAAUGGCGACAUAUUAUGGGUUCCAACAAAUCCUGAUUUCACAGAAUGCUUUAAGAAUUCUGCAUUGAUAUGGGCACCUUGUGCUUUCGUAGCAAUAUUUGCAACUCUUGAUGUGUAUCGACGAAGUCAAAGCCGAUACAGUGACAUACCAUGGAGCUUUCUAAAUAUAUCAAAAUCAAUUGUUCUGUUCUCUCUGAUAUGCCUACAAUUCAUUGACUUGUCUAUGAUGUUAUCUGUGAGAUCUGAAGACGACAUUGAUAUUUAUCCUGUACAGAUCGUGUCAGUUGGAAUCAAAAUAUUAACAUUCAUACUCGUUGCAUUCUUACAACUUAUGCAUAAAAUCAAAGGUCAUAUGUCGUCUGGUUUGUUGUUUCUAUUCUGGUUGAUUCUUGUGGUUUUUGCAAGCGUACAACUACGAUGGGAGAUUCAGAAUUAUGACAGCGAUGACCUCAAUCGAUGGAGAGAAUUUCAAUUUGUGAACUACAUAACAUAUUUUACACUCAUCACGAUAAUGUUGGUUUUGAAUUGUUUUGCUGAUAAGAAGCCAAGAAAAACGACCUACGUCAAGACAGAAAGUAACAAUCCAAGUCCUGAGAAAAGUUCAAGUUUCUUGUCACAGAUUUUCUUCCAAUGGUUUGAUAAGACAACCUGGGUCGGAUGGAGACGACCGUUGACUGAAAAAGAUAUUUAUGAUAUCAAUCCCGAUGAUACAUCGAGGGAACUUGUUCCACCAUUCGACAAAUAUUUCCAACAAAGUGUUGAAAAGGGUCGACGAAAGCAAAUGAAGCAACAACAGAAGUCGAAAAGUGGCGAAGCAAAUAUUCAAACAUCAAAGGAUACUAACGGGUCGAUUCUGCCAGCAAUGGUGAAAUCUAAUGGUGGACCUUUCUGGUUUGCGGGACUUUUACAAAUUGCGAUGAACUGUUUGACAUUUGCAUCUCCUUUGUUGUUGAAUGAGCUUAUUUUAUACGUAAAUCCUGCCCUUCCUCCUGGGCCUUUGUGGCAAGGACUUCUGAUGACGUUCGCUCUCUUCAUUGUGACAUUCGUUCAAUCAAUCUUAAACGGUCAAUAUUUCCUGAAAACAUUCCUCGUUGGCUUCCGAAUCAGAUCAAGUUUAAUAAGUGCAAUCUACAGAAAAGCUUUAAGAAUAUCAAAUUCUGCUAAAAAAGACACAACAGUCGGUGAGGUUGUAAACUUAAUGGCAGUCGAUGCACAAAGGUUUUUCGAAUUAGUUUCUUAUCUUCACGUUCUUUGGUCGGGUCCAAUGGUAAUUGGUAUUGCUAUUUGGUUGAUUUAUAGAAUAUUAGGCGUUGCAGUUUUUGCUGGAUUAGCUGUCAUGAUUCUUAUGAUUCCACUCUCAGGGUUCAUAGCGGCAAAGUUACGUGAUCUUCAAAUCGUCCAAAUGAAAGCAAAAGAUGAACGUGUGAAAUCAAUGAAUGAAAUUCUAAAUGGCAUGAAAGUAUUAAAGCUUUAUGCAUGGGAGCCGAGCUUUGAAAAGCUUAUUCUUGGAACAAGAGAGAACGAAAUGGUUGUGUUGAAGAAAGCCGCACUUUACAAUGCUGGAACAUAUUUCGUUUGGAGUUUGGCGCCAUUCCUUGUAUCAUUGGCAUCUUUCAUCACAUUUGUGAUGAUGGGUGGUGUACUUUCACCAAACGUCGCUUUUGUUGCCAUCUCUUUGUUCAACAUUCUACGAUUUCCCAUGGCAAUGUUUCCCAUGAUGAUUGCUUUUAUAAUGCAAGCGUGGGUGUCAGUGAAACGUAUCAAUAAAUUUUUGAAUUCUGAAGAAAUUGAUCCAAAUAAUGUGACAAAGAAUAAAAGUGAUUAUGCUUUGAAUGUUGACAAUGGGUCAUUCACGUGGGGUGGUGAAUCGACGACAUUGAAAAAUAUAAAUAUGAAGGUUAAGAAAGGAAACCUCACCGCAAUCGUUGGAUCUGUCGGAUGUGGAAAGACAAGUUUAGUAUCCGCUCUUUUAGGUGAAAUGGAAAAGUUAAAUGGUAAUAUCAACGUUGAUGGCAGAACUGCUUACGUUCCACAACAAGCAUGGAUACAAAACUCGACACUUCGAGACAAUAUCUUGUUUGGUCGGCCUUACGAUAAAAAUUUCUAUGAUAAAGUUGUUGAAGCUUGUGCUUUAGUACCCGACCUUGCGAUGUUACCUGCUGGAGAUCAGACAGAAAUUGGUGAAAAAGGCAUAAACCUAUCUGGAGGACAAAAACAAAGAGUCGCACUUGCUCGUGCCGUCUAUAGUGAGGCUGAUAUUUAUCUUUUAGACGAUCCAUUGUCAGCUGUUGAUUCACAUGUAGGAAAACAUAUUUUUGACAAUGUUUUCGGUGUGAAUGGACUUUUGAAGGAUAAAUCGCGACUUCUUGUGACACAUGCUGUCGUAUUUUUACCAAGAGUCGACGAGAUUUAUGUCAUGGUUAAUGGAGAAAUCACUGAGAGCGGAUCAUACAAAUAUUUGCUUUCACAAAAAGGUGCUUUCUCUGAGUUCCUAACGCAACACUUACAAGAGCUUGAAGAUGAUGAAGAACUUAUGGAAAUUCAAAAUUCAAUACAAGACAAAGAUAUGAAGCUCAUACUUGAACGUUCUAUAUCAACUCUUUCAAGUGAAAAAUCCUCAGUGAAUGGUUCGGUGAGACGAAGAAAGAGUGGCAGGCGAGCAUCGGAAAAGAGUGAAAAAGAAACAAUUCCACCGUCAAAUGAUAAGUCAAAAUUAAUUGACAGUGAAGAAGCAGCGACUGGAAGUGUUGGUGCUGGUGUUUACGUUCGUUAUUUUAAAAGCAUUGGCCUUGUGCUUGGAAUUGGUGCAAUACUUUCAAAUGCGGCAAAUCAAGCUGCUGCUGUUUAUUCGGGAAUUUGGUUAACACAUUGGUCAAGCGACGUUCGAGCUUCGGACCCAGAUGACCCAACAUGGAGAAAUAUUUAUAUGGGUGGUUAUGGUGGCUUAGGCGUUGCUCAAGCUGUUGGAUUGCUUGCAACUUCUGUCAUUUUUGCGAUUGGAUGUCUUCGUGCAGCUCGAGAUUUGCACAAUAAAUUGCUUCAUAACACGCUUCGAUUACCCAUGUCAUUCUUUGACACAACACCAUUGGGACGAAUUCUAAACAGAUUCUCAAAGGAUGUUGAUGUCAUCGACACGGUUCUACCGAUGUCAAUGCGAUUCUGGAUUAUGAUGUUUUUUAAUUGUAUUGCUGUGUUGAUUGUGAUUUCAUAUUCGACGCCCUUGUUCAUGACUGUGAUUAUUCCAUUAGGAUUUGUCUAUUAUUUCAUUCAGAAAUUCUAUGUGGCCACUUCAAGACAACUCAAACGAAUUGAGUCAGUGACACGGUCUCCAAUUUACACUCACUUCAGUGAAACGAUUACGGGUCAGUCAACAAUUCGAGCUUAUGAAGUAGGCGAGAGGUUUACAUUGGAAUCGGAGAGUCGUGUUGACUACAAUCAAAAGAUGUCAUAUCCGAGUAUUGUUGCAAAUCGUUGGCUAGCUGUGCGUCUUGAAAUUGUCGGAUCUGUGGUUGUUCUUUUCGCAUGUUUAUUUGCUGUUCUUGCUCGAGAUACUAUAAACCCUGCAAUGGUGGGAUUGUCUAUCAGUUAUGCACUUCAAAUCUCACAAGUGCUUAGUUUUCUCGUACGAAUGACCGCUGAAGUUGAAACAAACAUUGUAGCGAUUGAGAGAGUUGACGAGUAUUCGAAUCGUGAACAAGAAGCUCCUUGGAAAACUGUUGAAAUGGACCCAACAUGGCCUCAAAAGGGUAUUGUUAUAUUCAAAAACUUUCAAGUUCGUUAUCGAGAAGGACUAGAGCUUGUUCUUAAGGGUAUCGAUUUUUCUGUGAAGAGUCAGGAGAAAAUUGGCAUUGUUGGAAGAACAGGGGCUGGAAAAUCAAGUUUAACUCUCGCACUCUUCAGAAUUAUUGAAGCAGCUGAGGGAAAAAUCAUCAUUGACGAUAUCAAUAUUGCUGAAAUUGGAUUGCAUUCAUUGCGAUCUCGAUUAACAAUUAUUCCACAAGAUCCCGUUUUAUUCAGUGGAAAUCUUAGAAUGAAUGUUGAUCCAUUCAAUGUGUACUCAGAUGAUGCCAUAUGGACCGCACUCGAACAAUCUCAUUUGAAGCUUUUCGUUAAAGGCUUAUCUGAUGGUCUCGACUAUAAAAUAUCUGAAGGAGGUGAAAAUCUGUCAGUAGGCCAACGUCAACUCGUGUGUCUUGCUCGAGCGCUACUUCGUAAAACUAAAGUUCUUAUUCUUGAUGAAGCGACAGCCGCUAUCGAUCUUGAAACUGACGAAUUAAUUCAGAAAACCAUUCGAACUCAAUUCACUGAUUGUACAAUUCUGACAAUUGCACAUCGAUUGAAUACCAUCAUGGAUUCGGAUCGCGUGAUUGUUUUGGAUCAAGGAAAAAUUGCAGAAUACGAUUCACCGAAGAAUCUUCUUGAAAAUAAAGAUUCCAUUUUCUACGGCAUGGCAAAGAAUGCUGGAUUAGUUCAAAAUCCAAAUGAGAUGACAAUUGAAGAAGCUAUUGAUGAAGCUUUCAACUAUGAUGAUGAAGACACUAAGUUAUAAAAAUUUCUUUUGUUCAAACUUUAAAUCUAUUAAUAACGAAAUAUAUAAUUUGAUUGGGGAUAAUGACAUGAAUGUGAUAUUUAUAAACUCAUAGAAAAUUACAAGAUGAAUUAAGUUAUUGUCUGGCAUAAACAUAUAUCACACAUCUACCUAGAACAUAAAAUAAAAGC